CAAUGAGAGGAUUAUUAUGACCUAAUGUUAUUUCGGGGACAAACUGCCUACUCCAAAACGCAGCCCAUAGGACGUGAACGUGAUCUUGGCCACACCUUGUCACUACUGGCUUGCAGAAUUAUUUCCCUAUCCUUUUCUGAAAACUAUUCAACAUAGAAUUGAACGAUAGCAACUCUGGCAAGAAUCCUCCUAUAUACACAAUGAAAAAAUAGUUCUGAGCUCUGCAAGUGAUAACACAAGUGUCACACUUCUUUUCACAGCCACUGAAAGGCAGGGGUUGGUCUGGCUAAGGUCACAGGACUUUAUAAUGGCUUUAGUAUUUAGAGCUGUGGCACAAUUAGUGGGAAUUUCACUAUCUUUGCUGGGAUGGGUUUUAUCCUGUCUUACAAACUACCUGCCACAAUGGAAAAAUCUCAACCUGGACUUAAAUGAAAUGGAAAACUUGACCGUGGGACUCUGGCAGACCUGCGUCACCUAAGAGGAAGUGGGGAUGCAUUCUUUCCUGCCUUUGCCCGCUGAGCUCAGGAUCUCCAGGAUUUUAAUGUUCCUCUCAAACGGCCUGGGAUUCCUGGGCCUGCUGGUCUCGGGGUUUGGCCUGGACUGCUUGAGAAUUGGAGAGAGACAGCAGGAUGUCAAGAGGCAGCUGUUAAUCCUGGGAGGAAUUCUGUUCUGGACAGCAGGCGUCACAGCCCUUGUUCCUGUCUCUUGGGUCGCCCACAGGACAGUCCAGGAGUUCUGGGAUGAGACCGUCCCCGAGAUUGUCCCCAGGUGGGAGUUUGGGGAGGCCCUCUUUAUCGGCUGGUUUGCUGGAUGUUCUCUCCUGCUCGGAGGGUGUCUGCUAAACUGGGCCGCCUGCGGGACCCAGGUUCCCCUGGCUUCCGGCCACUAUGCAGCGGCGGAAACGCCACCACACCGUCUACACCUGGAGAUGAAAACCACUCACCUGAAACUCCAAGCCAGAAGGGAUCAGCGGUGCCCUCAGAUGAUCUGGUAG